GGGGGCAGAGCACUUAUAAUGUGUCUGUGCUCCAUCUGAGUCUUUCCAUCAAUCUAAUCUAAACAACACUUCUGAAAUAACAGACUUGCUCAGCCCAGUGUGUGGGAGCAAAGGUCCUGAGCCAUAUGGUAUUCAUGACAUGUAGAUGUGGAAAACGAUGUGGAUUUGAGUUAAGCCAUAGUAGGUGGAAGAUGCAUUGGGAAAUAGAUUGAGAAGAUUAGAUGGAUUAUGAUUAGCGAUAUUUAAGCAGACGGAGGUGAUGUCAAGUAGCAAACUGCUGCAGAUCUAUCAAGAGUGACUGAGAAGAUAUUUUCUUUUUAUUUUAAAUGAACAAGAGAUUUACAGCAGGCGUCUGUGCUACACCUGGUGGAGGAUGCAGUUGGUUGUCUUUGUGGUGGUGCUAGCCCUGGGGAAGGGAUGCUUCAGCUGCAACCUGAAAAACGUCAGCAUCCCCAUGGUGAGAUGCGAUGAGAAGGUGUGGAUCAACACCACAAUCUGUGAAGGGCUGUGCUGCUCCCAGGACCCUGUCUAUAGAAGCCAUCUACAGGCGCCUGUGCAAAAGACCUGCAACGGGGACUGGUCCUACAAGGUGAAACACAUCAAGGGGUGUCCAGGGAGCAUCACUUACCCCGUGGCUACAAACUGCUACUGUACCACAUGCAACACAGAGGAUACAUACUGCGGCCGCUUUCCUGGCCACAUACCCAGCUGUUAAGCUACUCCUUUGGUCAGCAAACGUAUACUUAUUAUUGUACCUUUUUGUCUGACACUGAAAUAAAAAGAGAUACUGCUCAUA